AUGACCUGCUUCGCACCUUCGAUAUCCUUGAGCAUUGGGAGAAGCUCCAAGCUCCGCAGGGCCGCAGGCAUCACCGACGACAACCAGCGCUACAUCCUGCUCGUUGGAGCCCUCAGCGGACCAGCUGUUUCCGAACUCUCGGACAUCAUCGCCAACCCCCCAACGACCGGACGCCUCAAGGCGAUCAAAGACGCGAUUUUGGCCCGAUUCCAGAAAACUUCCGACACUCAGCUGCGCAAGCUGUUUGGCCAGUUGCAACUGGCAGACUCCAAACCGUCUCAGCUCCUGCGCCAGAUGAAAAACCUCGUGGCUGGCAAAGUCACGGACGAGAUCCUCAAAAUCAGGUGGCUUGGCCUUCUUCCCCCACAGGUUAACGGUAUCCUGCGGAUUAUGAAGACAACCACCUUAGACGAGCUCAGCGCCAUGGCUGACGAGCUCAUCAGCUCGGUCCCGGCCGUGAACACCGCUGCCGUGACUCCACCAUCCACGUCCCUCACUGCCUCGGUCGCCGCCGCCGGAUCCGGCCUGGCUCAAGAGGUCGCUGACAUCCGGAAGAUGCUUAACGACUUACUCCUCGAUAAACAGCAGCAACGCGGUUGGAGCCGAUCCAGAUCGAGCUCUUGCGGGCGGAGCAACCAAGCAGCCUCCACCGCUGACAACCCAGAUUUGUGCUUCUUCCACCAAAGGUUCGGCCCAGCGGCCCGGAACUGCCGCGCACCCUGCACCUACGUCGCGCCAAAGCCGGGAAACCAUUAG